CAAAUUUCACUUACAUUUUGCACUAAUUAAUUACUCCAACGUCCACUACAUGAAUAUCGGAUAACCUUCUCUCUAUAAAUAUCUCACCUGCUCUCGGCAAUUUUUGCCUUCUUUUAUUCAUUCUAGGCAUAGUGCUGCGUGCCUGAGAGAGAGAGAGAGAGCUGGAGCUGAAGCGUCUUGAUUUUCCGUGUCGCUUUAACAUUUAGGUCAGAGCUUCUGGAAUCUGGAAUUCUUUGUAGGAACUGACAUUUGGAAAUCAACAGAAUCAAUGGAGGUAUUUGGCAAAUCUAUGGUAGCUGCUACAAACGUUAUUUACUUGUCGAGUAUUCUUGGCCAAGAUGGACCUAACUCUGUUCACAAGUGUGAUUGGAAAUGUGAAAACGAAUGCAUCUGUGGGAACAUGUUCCGCUGCAGACUAACUGGGCUGACACACUUCUGUGACAAAAACUGUAACCAGAGAAUUCUGUACGAUAACCAUAGCUCCCUUUGCAGAGUAAGCAAGCAGAUUUUUCCCCUGACUCCAGCUGAGCAACAUGCAGUGAAAGGUAUCCGGAGGAAGCUUGAAGCUGAGAGUUCCCCCAGUGAGAGCUGCGCUUUUAAGCGGAGAAGGGAUGCACAGUAUAACACCUUACCAUUUGAGAAAUCAUUCUCUGCUGUUAGUCCCAUCUGCAGUCAAAUUGGCGAGAGCAUGGACAUGAGCUAGAUACUAUUAACUACAUAUUUCCUAUUCACCUUCUACUUCCCCCCUUUGAGUUUUACUUUUUCCUGGAACUAGUAUUGACAACCAAACUUGAUGAGUACAUCAAUGACGAACCGUAUUGUCCUGCUGCCUAUAUGUUGGGAAACUAUUAACUAUAUUUGAUUUUCUAGAUCCUAUGAAAAUUAAUGAAAUUUGAGUUGCGUAUCAAAGCUUAAACUUUACUGUAACAUUUUAUUUCCUCCAUGAGAAGUAACGUGUUGUGUAGAUCGUUUAGAUGGAAACAUGUGAUCUUCCAUAUGAUGCAUUGGCAUUAUUGUACGUGUUAACUGAAUACUAUCUGUGUUCUGGGUAACUUGCUUUCAUUUGAUAAAGUAUCGAAUUCCUUCUCACUAUGGCUGUUGUAACAUUGAUUACACAUUUUCAAGGAGCAACUGUACUUCAAUAGUUGGUAGAGACAUUCUUGAUUUUUACAUUGUUUUGUUAUGCGUCUCAGGUCUUGGAGGCGCAGCAAAGUUUCUCUCAUUUGAAGUUUCAUCAUCUCAUCUUUUUUAUGUUCUUAUUCUAGUUGUUCUAUGCACUGGAUCCUAAAGUUAAUGUUAUUUUUGCAGAGACCAAGCAUUGUAUUGGACCGGAGAGUUUGACAUUUUUAUAGCUUCUUCUGUCAAUGAAUGAUUUUGAUAGAGGUAGUAUAUGUUGAAUCUUAAGGAAGUUUCUUAUUAUUUAUCUGUUCUCUUGUGCAGGAUAAAAUAUUGUGCUUGGAUACAUUUUAGAUUACAUACUUGCCAAACCAUGAUGCUGAAUUAAACAUUCCAGCCAAUGCAGGUUCUCUCAUCAGUUGGUUUGAUCUCUCAACUUACUAACCACUGGAAUUCCAGUCAACAGUUGUGCUAUAUGUGAUACGGCUCAACCAUCAAUGCAGAGAGAUCCAUAUCAAAUGAAAAGUAUUGUCUGAGUUCCAUCUCCAUCUCAGCCAACCCUUUCAAGUGUGCCUUGCUCUUUGGCUGCAGAAAUCGAAUACAGAGUUAUUUUUUUGGUUAAGUCGAGCAUUCUUCGUGGAAAGUUUGCUAUAAUCAAUUUGUAGUUAUGAAUUUCUUGAACCUGUAUAUACUUGUCGUAAUUUUGUUGGUUUGAGAAUCAUAUAGCCAUGAUUUACCUAUCCUUGUGGUUGACUCUUUUUCAAGAAUGUGCUCUGGAUUCAUUGUUUCCAAUUCUGGUCUUCUAGUCCAAGUGAAAAACUAUCAUUUUCCUC